AUGGUGAAAGUUUGCGCCUCUGGUAAGCGUAAGGUUAAAGCGACCAAAGCUAUGCCUGCGAAAUGGCGUCAAAUGGAUGAUCGGCAACGUUCGUUCAUGCUCGCCCACUUGUCCAUCCCACGUGAAAUAGUGAAAUGUUGUGGACCAUGCUUCAAAAGAAUCUCCAAGAAAUUGGACAUGCUGUUCGCCGGGGACCUCCAAGACGAAAUGGCGAAGUUCGAAAUGGAAAUCCAUCAAACAUGGCAAAGUGGAGAGAUAUCUCGUCUUCAAAACCUUGUCGCUCAGUUUGGCACUAACUGGUCCACAAUUUCGGAGCAAAUGCAAGGUAGAAGUGCGGAUGACUGUCGACUACAGUACGAGACGUUGUGCAAGAAGGAAGAGGAAGAAGAGGAAGACUUCGAGGAAGAUGCUGAUAACUUCAAGUGCGAUCGGCAUGAGGACGAUAUUGCCAUGGAGGAGGACACACAGGAUGUCCCAGAAUCAUCUGUGAUCACUGUGCAAGACGGCGACUUGGAUGUAGAUAUAACCGAAGUUCCAACGACGUCAAAUGCCACUGUCUUCGACAUCUCAUCAUUAGAUGUGAAACCAAAGGAAGAAUGUCAGCCGCUAGUGGAACAGUCGUCGAUUUCUACGGGAUUAGUGAAAGGUUCAAUAACUGCUGGUACACCAUUUCGUCCUCCGUCCGUUUCGAUUAUUGAGCAGCCACCAUCCGUUGCUCAGCUCACUGCGAAUGCAGCAGCGGCAGCGGUAACCUCACAACCUUCAACAACUCCAACGUUGCUCGGUGGGUUUGAUCAAAACACUCUAAUGCAGAUUCAUCAAUUAUUCGGAGGCGACGAGAGUCGUACUCGUGCGAUUUUGGAGCAAUAUCAGCAGCAACAACGAACCUAUCAGCAGUAUCAACAGCAGCUUGUCCAGCAGCAGCCUUCAAUGGAUCAGUUAUACUUGACAUACUCGCAGCUAUCCGAAGCAGACCAUAUCUGCAAUUUCUUUCCUGAUAUUCACCCUGGAAACGGCACAGUCACAUUGAAAAGGUGCAAAAGUCACAUUUCUCGUGAGAAAAUCACAUUGGUGACUCAAUACAGUAUGCUGAAGGAAGUUCCAUCGAACAAGACCGUAUUCAAAUGCGUAGUGCUCUUAUUAUGCGCUCCUUUAAAUUAUUACAUUGAAUUGGCGUCUUUUGAUGAACUUCCACCUUUCAUUGCCACUGAACCUAUUGACCGAAUCAGCUUCGGACAGUUCCACAAAAUUUUGCUCAAUCAAGGACAUAUUCAGGCAAAACAGUUGGAAGCGCGACAGCUUGAACAGCAACGACAGGAACAGAGACUCCAACAAGAAAAACAGCGACAAAUUGAUGCUGCAAGGAAGCAGUUGCAGGAACAAAUUAAACACCACGAUAUAACUGCUGCAAAUAUCGAUAAGAACACGAUAGCUAUGGUGCAUCGAGUGGGAGAGAUCAACCAAUCGCUUCAAACAGCAUCAUUAACACAGCUGCAACGUCAACAACUUUUAUUGGAGUAUAGCAGCCAAUCAGCCAAGUGUUCUAGUCUUCAAACAAUGGCGCAGAACCAUCGACUGCAGAGGACACAGCUACAAAAUCAGCUUGAUGCUUUGAAUGCCGGCAGUGGGUCAGCAGCUGCCGUUGCGUCAAUGUCGUUGUCGGCAUCCCCGAUGGUGAUGAGAACUCAUGACCCAUCCAUGUUACUGGAUGACGAACAGCGUCUCAGAGAAGAAAUUGAAAAGAUAGACGAGGAUAUCAGAGGAAUGGAGAAACAAGUACGAAGAUUAGAGGAAGAGGAGCGAACGUAUCAGAAAAAGAAAAUCCAAGCGGAACAAAUGAUCACGUCAGCUUUCCGAAUAAACUCAACAAUGCAAGACUUCCAAGCCAAACAAGAACUCAAAGAGGCCCAAGAUAAUAUGCGCGUUGUUGAACAUUCGCGGCUCACCUUUCAGAAAAAGCUUGACAAUCUGCGUGAGAACCGCGAGCUCCUGAUGAGGCAACAGCGAAUGCUGUUAAAUAGUGGCGGCAGUAGCGGCGUGAUCGUUGGUGGUUCUGGUAGUAUUAGUAAAGGAGUUGUAAAAGAUUUCGGUCAACCGCAACAACAACAGCAAGCGGUCAAGCCUGUACAGCCACCAACAACAAUAUCGUUAGCAGCACAAGCUCAGGCUCAGCAAUUCCAUCUGCAAAUGCAACAACAACAACAUAAGAAUCUCAUUGGCAUUCGCCAACCAACCGCCGAUUCAAAACCUGUUGUCCAUGAGGAGGUUACCAACAGCCAUGCAGCGGCUCAAGCAGCUCAUGCAGCUACACACUCUUCGGUUGCCCCUCCCGAAAUUCGCAGGAAAUCUGGUCUCGAAAUGUUGAAUAUCCCACCAGUGUCUGUGGCUCGUCACCCCCAAAGACGACCUACGAGUCCGACUUCAGGAGCAGUUGGUAUUCAACGACCGGCAAUGAAUCGGGCGGCACGAUCUAUUAUGGGUGGAGUACCUUCGUAUGGUGCUCUUGUCGUCAAUACUUCCCAUGGCGCUACUGGUUCACCCCAAAUGAGCUCGCAACAUAUGUCUCCCUCAGUGUCAGCGUCGUCAUCGACAGCGACGAACGUCUAUGCCCACUUCCAGCAGUCACUGAACGCAUGUUCCCCUGCCAGCCAGCUCAACAAAACGCAACCGUUGGCCUCACCUGCAAUGUGUGCCCCGAAGACAGAGGCUUCUCCUGCUGUGGUGCAGCCUCUCGCCUCACCAGCUCUACCAAGCACUUCCGGAGUUCUUUCUUCCAUUUCUGUUUUUCAAGAGCCAACUACUUCCACAUCGACAGCCAUGCCUCCACCUCCUACUCUAUCAUUUCUUGCCACUUCAACGGUUAGCGGUCCCCCAACAUAUGAACCGAUCUCACCAGAUGACGGCGCUCCAACAAGUCCGGUCUCCCGUGCAGAAGCCCCUUCUACUUCUGUAGCAUCUUCACAAGGUUCAAGAAUGUUCUCGGCGCUUGAUUUCGACUUUCCUCUGGCCGUAGCACCAUCGUCGACAGCUCCUCCACCUCUCCCUCCAUCACUGGCGCCUCCGCUGGCAGAACUGCUCAGGACGGCGGGAUCUGAACCGAUAGCCACCGCGAUGACUUUUGAGCCAUUGUCGGAUGAUGAUGACUAA